AUGCCGGCGAGAUUUGUGAUUUUGACAGAGCAUCAGCCCAUACUCUCUGAGAAGCUGCGGUCUUAUGACACGGCAGAUGCCAAGGGUUGCAAGACUCUGGUUCAGAGCUUGCUCCAGAAGCUGAAGACACAGUUUGUCGACGUGUCAAAUUAUGAUGACAUCAUUGUGGAAACUAAAAUCCGAGAGUGGCUCAAUAACCACGACCGCCAUGUGCAGGAGAAAGCGACGAAAAAGCGUAUGCAUGUUUCUGGCAAGCCCAAUGUCUUCAAGGUGUGGGAUGCACUGGAGAGGGACAAGGUGACUGAGGCAGUGAGAGCACUUGCGGCAGAAAAGGGUUGCAAUGUCUCCAAGGUGUGGAGAGUCGCACGGAGUGCUGAAUGGGCAAAACUGUCCGAGGAGGAGCAGAAGGUGUAUGAGGAAAAGGCAGAGAGUUGGCGCAAUGGCACUCUAGAUGAUAAGACAAAAAUGAAGCUGAGGGAGCAGCGAAUGAUGCAAUAUCUGAAGAAGUUUGCCAAGACUAUGUGGGACACCAUGGGCAUUUGCAUGGCAUUCAUGCUAGCAUAUCCGAAGGAAGCGGGGAGUCUGAAGGUAGAGAUGGUGGAGGUUAACCAUGCCAUCACCAAUGGAACUCCAUUCGGGGUCUAUCCUGGGUGGCUGCGUGCUUACCAGCCUCUAGCAAAGGUGUUCUCUGAGUGGGCCAAAGGCGAAUACGGUGUGACUGAGACUACAGUGACGGUGAAGAAGACACCUGCUGAUUGCAUGCGGGCCAUGGACAAGAUUCGGUUGACGGCCAACGGUUUUCCUCUGCUCCCGUCGGUGCCCGAAGGUAUGGCGGAAGCGCCUCUCAAGGUGAUGAAGGUACAAGUUCGAGACUUCAUGAAUCAUCACUACGCAUUGGUGAAGGGUGUUCGGAACUGCAAGUCGCCUUGGACGAAGCUGAACAGCAUAGACGACAUCAAUGAGGUUAUUCCAGCGGAGAUGCUACCUGAGAACUUCCAGUGGAUCGAUCCCUCAAAGUUGACAAGUGUUCCCGUUUGUGCCCUCCUCGACCACUGGCGGGCAUGCCAAGAGGAACAUGGACCUGAGCAGACCAUGCGAUUCACCCAGUACUUCGACAAGGAUGGCGAAGCUGCUCCCGCCAAGUAUGAUCCUCUUCCACCACUUGACGGAUCAGCACAGGCAUUAGAAGAAGGAUCUGAACAUGAGGUCCAAGAAGCACUCACACCUAAGAAGGCGGGGAAGGCGAAGAAGAAGGGUAAACCUGUGCGCAAGGUCACGGGAAAGGCGGCAUUGAAGGCGACAAAGGGCAAAGCGGCCCCUGGCAGAGCCAAAGGCGGUGGGCGUAAACGCAAGACAAAAGAUGCAUACGACUCGGAAGAUGAUGCCAGAAGCAGCCAAGACUCUGAUCAGAGUUCGCCAGAUAUACCCAGCAUGGCUUCCGAAGAAGAUACGGCCAGCGAUGAAGAUUCAGGGGAUGGCGAGAGCGUGAUUGCAAAUAAAGCGAAGGGCAAGGCAGUCGCCACCACCAAUGGACGUAAGGCUAACAAUGGUGGUGCACCUCAAGUGAGUGGUAGCGGCGGUGCCAAGAUGAAGGCAAAGCGAGGUCUCCAAGACCUUCCUCUGGGCGAACUGCACAGAUUUGACACAGAGGAGACCGAUGAAGCAUGGAGUGAACUGGAGCCCAGUACAAAGGAGCUCAGGCUUAUGCUUCAAGGCCGAGCCCCGCGUCUCACUGGCGGGAGUACUGUGGGGAGUACUGUGCCCCACCUCAUCAAAAGGAGAGACGUGUUUCUCGCCACCCUUUCCGUCAAAACGCGAUACCAGGAUAUGCUGAAGCAAGUCAAGAUUGCGACUGUGCCCCAGGUGUAUCGUUUCGCCAGGUAUGAUCCGAUUCCCUGGAGCGAAUGGUCGUAUGGCCAGUGCUACCUCCCGCCGUCAUGA